CAGUGUUCUAUCCCCUCCCUCAUUCACUUGUUAACUAGUGCACAGUGCAGGCCUGGCUGUUAUGCAGUUCUGUGCACUCCCCUCCAGUGUCAGUCACCAAGUCUCCUGCUGCCACUGACAUGGCUUGGUGGCCGUACAUGCUCCUGCUUCUUCUGGUCUCCUGCCUGCACCCCUCCGAUGGCCGGGAUUACGCUGCACCUCGAUACAGCGUCAGCCUGGACCUGCCACCUGUGCAGCGCUGGGAGCCGGUCCUGAGACACUACAACUACACAUAUCUGCGGCAGGCUAUGGAUCACAUAUUUCUCACAACAUUGCCUAAAUGGGUCCACGCUAUCAUACGUCCCCUGGCAGAGGUGGACUUGGUAUUUCUAGUCCAUGAACCGUAUGCUGGAGAAAUAAUGAGUAUAUCCAGAACACUCGGAGUCAGUGUUGGUGAUGUAGUUGCCUUAAACCUCUGCUAUGAAGCUACAGCGUUUUGCACUAGUAUAAUUGCACAAGAUGAAGAAGGAAAUAUUUACCAUGGCAGAAAUUUGGACUAUCCAUUUGUAGAUCUAUUAAAAAACCUGACUGUCGAUUUGGAUUUCAUAAGGGAUGGAAAGAUUGUAUAUACAGGAACCACCUUUCUAGGCUAUGUCGGACUGUGGACUGGUCAAAGCCCAUACAAGUUCACUGUGUCUGGAGAUGCAAGAGAGCGUGGGGAGUGGUGGAAAAAUGCCAUUUCUGCUUUUUUUAAGAGAAGUUCUCCUGUCAGCUGGUUAAUCAGAGAUGCAUUGAGUGACGCCAGAAAUUUUCAGGCUGCUGCUCUACAGCUCUCCAAGACCCCGAUUAUUGCUGAGACAUAUUACAUCAUGGGCGGCACACAGCCAAGAGAGGGCUUGGUAAUCACAAGAAACAGGGAUGGACCUGCUGAUCUCUGGCCUUUGGAUACCUUAAGAGGAGAAUGGUUCCAUGUGGAGACAAAUUAUGACCACUGGACAACCCCACCUCCCUCUGAUGACCGAAGGACUCCAGCUAUUAAAGCUCUAAAUGCAACUGGACAAGCAAACAUCAAUACAGACUCUUUAUAUAAGGCACCUCACGUUCCAGCCGAGUAGGUGAAGCCCCUCAGAUGCUACCAACAUUGAAAGACGUUAGACUGGAAAACAGGAGAAAAGAAGAGAAAAGGAGAAAAAGGUGAAAUGACACAAUGACAGAGAAUACCUCAUCAGAGCACAUGUAGAUCAGAGCAGCAGGCGUACAAAUACGCAAAAGAGAGGAAGAGAAAAAGUUCGGAGCAAUCGAGAAACAAGGACGCCAGAACACAUCCACCAUGACUAUAAAGAUACAUUGCAGCCUUAAAUCACCAGCAGUACUUGACCAUAACAAAAAAUACCAAUAUUUAAGCAAAAAAACAAUAAAA